AAAUAUUUGAUAGAACGAGAGCUUCGAAGUGUGCCCGUCCAGCUAUGGCUGCUUUGGUUCCAACACUGUUCCCACUAUCUGCUGGUUCACCCCUUCGCUUUUAUCAUUUGCGAAAGCCUAAACCUUCCUUGCUUCUUAUCUCCUGCUCAAGAAAAGCCCUAUUUCGAUCUAGUGGCACAAUUGUAUUCUCCGGUGGCCGGAAUUUGAUACCUCUUUCGAUGGCAGCCACUGUUAACGAUGAGUAUCAGGCAUAUUCAGUGAAGCCUCUCAACUUACCUCUGACUUUCGUGCGCCUCGCUGUCUCUGUAGUGCUGUUUAUUGGCUUUGGAUUUUGCAUUGGCAUUCGUGUAAGUUCUGCUUCUCCGCCUACUCUUCCCGCCUCUUCUUCAUCGCUUCAAGAUAACCAGGCAACGGAAGAUGAACAUGAAGGAAGAGAACAGGAUAACAACACGGAAGAUAUUCUAGAUAAGGAUUUAGAAGCAGCUUUUAAUGCUUGGAAAUCUAAAACGUAUGCAUUGACUGUGCCUCUCAGAAUUGUUGCUCUACGCGGUUCUGUGCCUCCAUCAUGGAUCAAGGACUUCAUAAAAUCUCAGGGGAGAAGGCUAAAGUUUAAUGUGAAGUAUAAUACAAGUCUCGAGAGUAUUUUCUCUAAUCUGUCAAUUCCGUUUACUAAAGGAAAUAUUGGGCCUGCCUCUGCUUUGGCAGCUGAUAUUGUUGGUAUCGGUGACUCCUGGCUUAAAUUUGCCAUCAACAAAGCUAUAAUUGAACCAAUACGUGAUGUUGAUGACCAGGAUUGGUUUAAAGGCCUCGAUGAGAGAUGGAAGGUAUACCUACGCAGGAAUAGUGAGGGAGAAAUUGAUCCUAACGGUGACAUAUGGGCUGCUCCUUAUCGAUGGGGCUGCAUGGUUAUAGCUUACAAGAAAAACAAAUUUCGGAAGCAUAAUUUGGCUCCUAUAGAGGAUUGGGCAGAUUUGUGGCGGUCAGAACUUGCAGGAAGAAUCUCUAUGGUCGAUUCUCCCAGAGAGGUUAUUGGUGCAGUUUUGAAGUAUAUGGGAGCCUCAUACAAUACAAACGACAUUAAUUUGCAAGUAAAUGGCGGGAGAGAUGCUGUUAAGCACAAUCUAGCCUUACUUGGAAAGCAGGUUCGGCUGUUUGACAGCGUUCACUAUCUGAAAGCUUUUGGAGUUGGAGAUGUGUGGGUAACUGUUGGAUGGAGUAGCGACAUCAUUCCUAUUGCCAAGCGCAUGUCUAAUGUCACAGUAGUUGUUCCAAAAUCUGGAGCUAGCUUAUGGGCAGAUCUUUGGGCAAUUCCAGCUGCCUCUCGGAUUCAAACAAACCGGAUUGGCGGCCGAAUCCGGGGACCAUCCCCACUAAUCCAUCAGUGGAUAGAGUUCUGUCUGCAAGCUGCUAGAGCACUGCCCUUUAAACAAGAGGUGGUCCCAGGUGCCUCUCCUAAUGCUCUUCAUGUUCCUUCGGCUAAUGUUCCCACCGAGCUUACAAAGGGUAAACCAAGACUAGAUACCAAUCUCAUUGCCGGAGCCCCACCGCCUGAAAUACUAGAUCGGUGUGAGUUUCUUGAGCCAUUGUUUGAUUCAACGAUAUCAGAUUACCGCUGGUUGCUUGCUACCAUCCAAGAACCUAACCGUGGAUUAGUACAUAAAGCGCGCGAGUUUAUUUCAUCGAUGACUAAAUUUCCUGGUAAAUCUGAUCCAAAAUUGGCUUGAAUAUUCGUUUAUUUGGAUAUGGAAUGCUGAUCAAGGAUCCUGUCAGUUUGAAAUGUAAUAGAUUUAAUGUAACAAGAAACUAUAGAAAUGCCAAUGUGUGGUUUAAGUGCC